GCUCAUAACACUUUGGAUUUUUUAAAAGCAACAAUGGAGCUGGCAGCGCUCCUCACGCUUUUGCUAUUCACCAUCGGCCAAGGUGAUUGUGCCUCCGCCGCAACUAAAAAGGACUGGUGGCAGUAUGCCCAGUUUUACCAGAUCUACCCGCGCUCCUUUAUGGACUCCGAUGGCGAUGGCAUUGGCGAUUUGAACGGCAUCACCAGCAAGCUGGAGUAUCUCAAGGAUCUGGGUGUUACUGCUGCCUGGCUAUCGCCGAUUUUCACCUCUCCGAUGGUGGAUUUUGGCUACGACAUAUCCGACUUUUUCGACAUUCAGCCAGAGUACGGAACCCUUGAGGACUUUCGAGCCUUGAUCAAGAGAGCCAAGGAGCUGGAUUUGAAAAUCAUCCUAGACUUUGUUCCCAAUCACUCGAGCAACGAGAGUAUCUGGUUUAAGAAAUCGGUGAAUCGCGAAAGAGGCUACGAGGACUACUACGUCUGGCACGACGGAAAGGUGAACGCAACUACUGGCGAGAGGGAGCCGCCCACCAACUGGCUGCAGUACUUCCGGGGCAGUGCCUGGGAGUGGAACGAGGUGCGGCAGCAGUACUAUCUCCACCAAUUCGCCGUGCAGCAGCCGGAUCUCAACUACCGGAAUCCCGCCGUUGUGGAGCAGAUGAAGCGGGUGCUGCGCUAUUGGCUGAAGGAGGGAGUAUCUGGAUUCAGAUGCGACGCCCUGCCACCGCUCUUCGAAGUCCUGCCGGAUGCCGAGGGACAGUAUCCCGAUGAGGUCGUUAGCGGGGCCACCGAGGACUCUGAGGAUCGCAACUACCUGACCGUGAAAUACAUUGAGAAUCAGCCGGAGACCAUCGACAUGGUCUAUCAGUGGCGCACUGUGCUGGACGAUUAUCAGCGCAUAUACGGCGGAAACUCGAGUGUUUUGUUGAUAGAGACCUAUGCCCCAGCGUGGUUCACCAUGCAAUUCUACGGUAAUCGCACCAGGGAGGGAGCCCAUCUGCCCUUCAACUUCAACCUUAUCACUGUGAUGGAGGAGAAGGGUUUAAGUGCCGGCCACGUCAAGGAGGCAAUCGAUUUGUGGCUGAAUAAUAUGCCGGCGGGUCGCACGCCCAACUGGGUGCUAGGUAACCACGAUAAGCGCAGGGCUGCCAGUCGGUAUGGCAAGGAGUACAUCGAUGCCAUGAACAUGCUGGUGAUGAUCCUGCCGGGCGUCAGUGUCACCUACCAGGGCGAGGAGCUGGGCAUGACCGAUGGCGAAAUCAGCUGGGAGGACACCGUCGAUCCCUGGGGCUGCAACUCUAACCCCAGUAUCUACGAGCAGUACACGAGGGACCCGGAGCGGACUCCGUUCCAGUGGACUUCGGGUACGAAUGCAGGCUUUACCAAUGGAUCCACCACGUGGCUGCCUCUGGCAGCUGACUACAAGACCGUGAACGUGGAAUCAGAGUUGGCGGCAGAGGAGUCCCACCUGAAGAUUUACAAGGAACUAAUGGCCUUGCGAAAAUCGUCGAAGACCCUGCAGAACGGAUCCACCAAGUAUUGGGUUAUAGGGGAUGAUCUAUUUGUGGUUCUACGCACUUACGGCGACGAAGAUAAAUAUUUGCUGGCCAUAAACUUUGGCUCCAAGGAAGAAACCGUUUAUUUGCCGGACCUUGCAGAUCGCUCCCUUUUUAGACUGAUCAUUAAGAGUUUGGGCUCUGAAUUAACAUUGGGAGUUUGGUACGGAGACCUCCAUGUGCAGCCCGCCGAAGCCUUGGUUCUUACCGACGUAUUACACAUAUACCCAAAUCCGUAAUGGUUUGAUAUUCGUCUUUAUUCGUAAAUAUACAUAUAUAUGCUGCCAAAUAA